UCAUGCCAUUGUCGACUCCUUAUUUCUCUUCAAUACUUGCUUGAGCAUUCGCACAACUUCAGCCGCAAUGAUCUCUCGAAUGGCGUACAGUACGCUGCAUCUCUCCCUAAUGGAUCAGUCUGCUGUUCGCGCCUAUAUUCGAAACCUUCUGAUAUUCCCGUUUCCUGACAUGUCUCAAGCUGAAGAUGCCGUCAACACUCUUAGAGAGGGAUUUCAGGCUACAGUGGCACAGCUCCCUUACUUAGCAGGUACCCUUGGUCCUGUCGAUCCCGAAUCUGGAAGGUUGACCCUGAGGUACCCAAAAGAAGUUUCCGAUGUGCAGGAUUCUGGCUUGUUUUCAUUCGACAUGAUUCUAGCGGACAGGCAGUAUACCUACGAGCGACUCAAGAAAGAAGGUAUGCCGCCUAGUGCAUUUCCGGGCACAACAUAUGCACCGCGAAGCCUUCGUGACCACCCGGGAAUGGAGUCGCCUAUCGCUGAAGGGGUACUGUCGUUCAAGGAGUUUUCGGCACCUGUCCUGGGCGUCCACGCUUUCUUCAUUCCCGGGGGACUGGUCCUAAGUAUGUAUUUGCACCACAGUGUAUCGGAUGGCACCGGCAUGAACACUUUCUACAAGCACUUCGCAGAAAAUGUCCGCCUCCGAAGAAACAUGCAGAUGCUGUCCCACCAAGAGAUGAUUGAUCAUUCCAUCCCUAGGUUUGAAGUAGACGAGCGAGCUCCCGUAUUGUCACCCGGCCAAUCGAUUCUCACCGUCCCUUUGUAUAUUGCAGGAAAGUGGGAGUAUGACCAGACGCUUCCCGAAAACACUAAGUGCACAGGAAGACUCUUUGUCGUCCCCGCGGCACGGAUUCGCGCCUAUCGCGAUUCAUUACGCUCUAAAGUCAAUACUCCGACGCCGCUCACUGUGUUCAACGUCCUAGCCUCCCUAGUCUGGAUCCACGUCACGCGGGCACGAGCACCGCACUGGAUGGAUAAGACUUCCCUAACGACCGCCGGGAUCGCCGUUGAUUUGCGGCGUCGCCUGUCUCCGAAAAUGGCGGCGGAAUUCAUGGGCAACAUGGCGUUAUUCACCAAUGCUAUGAUGCCCAAAUCGCAAUUCGUUGCCGAAGUACGAGUCUCGGAUAAGACAAUUAUUCCUGCCGUCGAGUGUGUAAAUGCGUCGAUUUCGGGCGUCGAUAAUGAGUGGGUGAAUCGACAUCUAGCAUUCUUUAAUGCGCAGGAGAAUCUGAGUGAGAUCAAGCUGGCACUGAGGUUUAAAUUUGCUUCUGAUAUGUUUAUUACUUCGUGGAUGAACUUUGGGGCGGAGCAUGAGUGGUGCAUUCCGGGUGCUGCUACGCGGAGCCCAGAAUUCAUUAGGAAGCCGCAUUCGGUAGAAGAUGGGGGGAUCAUUAUCAUGCCAAGGAGAAGGGGUGUGUUCGAUGGAAUCGAGGCCCCGUAUGAAGUCUUAGUUCAGCUUGCAGGGGAUGACAUGGAGAGGUUGUUGAAUGAGGAGGGAGGGUUAGCGACUUGGGCGGAGCAUAUUGUGGAAUAGUGGACAGUGACGUCGAUGCAGAGAAAUGAUUUCCUCGACCAACCAGUAGGCGUCAAGUUAAGUCGGUCAGUUUGGAGUUUUGGAGAAGAACGAAAAUGAACGAUCUGGGUUUGUCUGGGCAUAUGCAUAUGGAUUGCAAGGAUGGAUGGCAUAAAAGCGCGGGUCCGGCAUUUGAUAUCCUGUACAAGUAUCAUGCUUGCUUUCCUUCUACCGUCUUUUCUCAACUCAUCCAUGCCAUUCGGCACGCCAAGCAUAGUUGCUUUUAUGCCAUUCGUGCUCUAUUCUAUCAUCGAUCGAUCGGAG